CCCGGGAGGAGCCGGCGGAGCGGGAGGAGGACGGAGGAGGAGGAGGAGCAGCGCCGCGCCCCCGCCCCGGCCGCCCGCCCGCCCGACCGCAGGCCGACCGCUCCAGCCGCAGCCGGCGGGUCCCGGCCGUCUCCCGCCGGAGCCCGGCGCGGGCAGGGUCCGGGCCGAUGGGCAGCCCCGGGCAGAGGCGGGCGGCGAGGCGGCGACCCCGGUACGCGCCGCCGCGCGCUCGCGGGCUGUAGCAGGUCCCGGCGGACUGCGUCUCCGAGGUAAAGGAACUGGCCAGAUGUCUUAAGGGAUGCUUUUGAAAAGGACAGAGGUGUUCAAAAUUAUUACAGCAACUGAGAAGCAAGUUGGUUUUGGAGAAACCAUACUCUGAGGAUGUUUGCUUCUGGUUACCAAGAAAAAAUACAACUAUAGAAGAAGCCUUUGGAAAUAACAAUGUAAUUAGAUUUACAUCAGUCUUUCUCGCGAGACUUGGAGCUUCCUGCGUCAUCGGUAGACAUGAGUGACCCCAGGCAGUCACAAGAAGAGCAGCACAAGGUUGGCAGAGCCUCUUCGAAGUUCAAGGGUCCUCCCAGAAUCAUGCAGUCUGAUGAUUAUUUUGCUCGAAAAUUUAAAGCCAUCAACGGCAACAUGGGACCCACCACUUCCUUAAAUGCUUCCACUUCCAAUGAGAACAGCGGUCCGGCUAAUGGUACCCCGGCCGUGCCCAAGAUGGGUGUCAGAGCAAGGGUGUCUGAGUGGCCUCCUAAAAAGGACUGCUCCAAGGAGCUGACCUGCAAGGCCCUGUGGGAAAGCCGGUCCCAGACCAGCUACGAAAGUGUCACGUCCAUCAUGCACAACGGGCAAAACAACCAGAGCGACGGCCAGCAAGAGGAGCCGCUCGACCUAGACUUCGAGGAGGCGAAGUAUACCAUCGGAGACAUCUUCGUUCACUCUCCGCAAAGAGGACUGCACCCCAUAAGACAGAGGAGCAACAGUGAUGUCACCAUCAGCGACAUCGACGCGGAAGACGUCUUAGACCAAAAUGCAGUGAACCCCAAUACCGGGGCCGCCCUGCACCGGGAGUACGGGAGCACGUCUUCCAUCGACCGGCAGGGCUUGUCGGGGGAGAACUUCUUUGCUAUGCUCCGAGGGUACCGGCUAGAGAACUACGGCCACAAGGCGAUGGCCCCGUUUGGGUUCCCCGAGUUUUUCCCCUGCGACCCUGCAAUCUCCCCCAGCCUUCAUGCCGCAGCACAGAUUUCUAGAGGCGAAUUCGUGAGCAUCUCAGGAUUAGACUAUAUGGACAGUGCCCUCCUCCUGGGGAGAGACAGGGACAGGCCUUUCCAACGGAGGCUGAAGGCGGAGUCCAUGGAAACGUCCCUCUUCCGCAAGCUGCGGACCGUGAAAAGUGAGCACGAGACGUUCAAGUUCACCUCUGAGCUGGAGGACGGGCGUCUGGAGAGGGGCGUCCGCCCUUGGAACUGCCAGCGCUGUUUUGCACAUUACGAUGUCCAGAGCAUCUUGUUUAAUAUCAACGAAGCCAUGGCCACGAGGGCGAACGUGGGGAAGAGGAAGAACAUCACCACCGGGGCCUCGGCGGCAUCCCAGACCCAGACGCCAGCGGGCCCGACGGGCAGCUGUGAUUCCCCGCUGGGGAGCAAAGAGGACCUCAACUCCAAAGAGAACCUGGACACCGACGACGGUGACGGGAAGAGCAACGACCUGGUCCUCAGCUGUCCCUACUUUCGGAAUGAGACAGGCGGGGAGGGCGACAGGAGGAUCGCGCUGUCCAGGGCCAACUCGUCCUCCUUCAGUUGCGGGGAAAGUUCCUCCUUCGAGUCCUCACUCAGCUCGCACUGCACCAACGCGGGCGUCUCGGUCCUGGAGGUGCCCAGGGAGAACCAGCCAAUCCACAGGGAGAAGGUCAGGCGCUACGUCAUCGAGCACAUCGACCUGGGGGCCUAUUACUACCGCAGGUUCUUCUACGGCAAAGAACACCAGAACUACUUUGGAAUCGAUGAGAACCUCGGCCCUGUGGCAGUCAGCAUCCGGAGGGAGAAGGUGGAAGACGCCAAGGAGAAAGAAGGGUCCCAGUUCAACUACCGGGUGGCUUUCAGGACGAGCGAGCUGACAACCCUGAGAGGAGCGAUUUUGGAAGAUGCCAUACCCUCUACCGCCAGGCAUGGGACUGCACGCGGACUCCCUCUCAAAGAAGUCCUGGAAUACGUCAUUCCAGAGCUGAGCAUCCAGUGCCUGAGGCAGGCCUCGAGCUCACCCAAGGUCUCGGAGCAGCUGCUCAAGCUGGAUGAGCAAGGGCUGAGCUUUCAGCACAAGAUCGGGAUCCUGUAUUGCAGAGCCGGCCAGAGCACCGAAGAGGAAAUGUACAACAACGAGACGGCCGGACCAGCUUUUGAAGAAUUCCUUGAUCUGCUGGGCCAGAGGGUGCGGCUGAAAGGAUUUAGUAAAUACCGGGCUCAGCUGGACAAUAAAACUGAUUCUACAGGAACGCAUUCCCUGUACACGACGUACAAAGACUACGAGCUCAUGUUCCACGUGUGUACCAUGCUUCCACACACGCCCAACAACAGGCAGCAGCUCCUGAGGAAAAGGCAUAUAGGAAAUGACAUCGUGACCAUUGUCUUCCAAGAGCCCGGAGCACUUCCUUUUACUCCAAAAAGCAUCCGGUCCCACUUUCAACAUGUCUUCGUCAUAGUCAAAGUGCAUAAUCCAUGCACUGAAAAUGUGUGUUACAGUGUUGGAGUUUCUAGAUCAAAAGAUGUGCCACCGUUUGGUCCACCAAUUCCCAAAGCCGUGACUUUCCCAAAGUCAGCAGUAUUCCGGGACUUCCUUUUAGCGAAAGUAAUCAAUGCGGAAAACGCAGCCCACAAAUCAGAGAAGUUUCGCGCGAUGGCCACUCGGACGAGGCAGGAGUACUUGAAGGACCUGGCGGAGAACUUCGUCACGACCGCCACCGUGGACACCUCCGCGAAGUUCAGCUUCAUUACCCUGGGUGCCAAGAAGAAGGAGAAAGUAAAGCCCAGGCAGGACGCCCACCUCUUCAGCGUCGGAGCGAUCACGUGGCACGUUGUGGCGCGGGACUUCGGCCAGUCCUCGGACAUUGAGUGUCUCCUUGGGAUUUCCAACGAGUUCAUCAUGCUGAUCGAGAAGGAUUCCAAGAACGUGGUCUUUAACUGUUCCUGCAGGGAUGUCAUUGGCUGGACAUCUGGGUUAAUGAGUAUCAAAGUGUUUUACGAACGAGGAGAAUGCAUCCUUCUGUCCUCGGGGGACAACUGUGCCGAAGACGUCAGGGAAAUUGUCCAGCGACUGGGGAUCGUGACCAGGGGCUGCGAGACUGUGGAAAUGACCCUGAGGAGGAACGGGCUGGGCCAGCUGGGCUUCCACGUGAACUUCGAAGGAAUCGUCGCAGACGUGGAACCUUUCGGUUUUGCGUGGAAGGCCGGCCUUCGCCAGGGGAGCCGCCUGGUGGAGAUCUGCAAGGUGGCCGUGGCCACGCUGACACACGAGCAGAUGAUCGACCUUCUCCGGACCUCGGUGACUGUGAAGGUGGUCAUCAUCCAGCCCCAUGACGAUGGCUCACCUCGGAGAGGGUGUUCGGAGCUCUGCCGGAUCCCCAUGGUGGAGUACAAGCUCGACAGCGAGGGCACCCCCUGUGAGUACAAGACCCCCUUCCGGAGGAACACCACGUGGCACCGAGUGCCCACGCCCGCCCUGCAGCCCCUGCCCAGGGCCUCCCCGGUGCCCGGCACGCCUGACAGGUUGCAGUGCCAGCCGCUGCUCCCACGCAGCACCUCCUUUGACCGGAAGCUGCCCGACGGCACCAGAAGUUCACCCAGCAACCAGUCCUCCUCCAGCGAUCCCGGACCCGGCGGGAGCGGACCCUGGAGACCGCAAGUUGGAUACGACGGGUGCCAGUCUCCCCUGCUGCUUGAGCACCAGGGCGCCGGCCCUUUGGAAUGUGAAGGGGCCAGGGAGCGGGAGGACGCCAUGGAAGGAAGCAGACACCCAGAAGCCAAAUGGCACGGCCCGCCUUCCAAAGUCCUGAGCUCCUAUAAAGAAAGAGGCCUGCAGAACGAUGGAGGCUGCAAGGAUUCCCCCAAUAAGCUUUCUCACAUCGGAGAGAAAAGCUGUCCCAGCCAUUCCAGCAGCAACACGCUCUCCAGCGACACCUCUGGCAACAGCGAUGACAAGCACUUUGGGUCCGGGGACCUGAUGGACCCCGAGUUGCCGGGGCUGACGUACAUCAAGGGCGCCUCCACGGACAGUGGCAUCGACACGGCCCCGUGCAUGCCCGCCGCGGUCCUCGGCCCCGUGCACCUGGCGGGCAGCAGGUCCCUGGUCCACGGGCAGGCAGAGCAGUGGGCUGACUCGGACAUCCCGGGGCCCGACGACGAGCAGGCCAAGAUGUACGCGGUCCACGGCUACGCGCCCAGCAUCUCCGCCGGCCAUGCUGCCGACGGCAGCCUGGGCGACCUCAGCGAGAUCUCCUCCCACUCCAGUGGUUCACACCAUUCAGGAAGCCCCUCGGCUCACGGUUCCAAAAGUAGUGGGUCUCUGGAUACGUCCAAAGUGUACAUCGUGUCUCACAGCAGCAGUCAACAGGCCCCGGGGUCCGUGUCCAAGGCCUACCACCGGCAAGGGGCCGUGAACAAAUAUGUCAUCGGCUGGAAGAAAUCGGAAGACAGCCCGCCACCCGAGGAACCCGAAGUGGCUGAGUGUCAGGGGCUGUAUGGUGAGAUGGGUCUCCUGUCCACCGCAGCUCAGCAGCAGGCAGUGGUGGGAGAUGACGUCUCAGAAACUCAGCACGUGCUCUCGAAAGAAGACUUUCUGAAAUUGAUGCUUCCCGACAGCCCCUCAGUGGAGGAGGGCAGGAGUAAGUUUUCGUUCUAUGGGAACCUGUCCCCACGGCGUGCGCUGUACCGCACCCUCUCGGACGAGAGCAUUUGCAGCCACCGGAGGGGUUCUUCCUUCGGCAGCUCCCGAAGUUCCAUCCUUGACCAGGCCCUGCCCAGUGACAUCCUGUUCAGCACCACCCCGCCCUACCACAGCACCCUGCCGCCCCGGACCCAGCCGGCGCCCAGAAUGGGAAGCCUGCGGAGUGAGUGCCUGGCGUGGCCCGAGCUGUCCUCGUGGGCUCUCUGGGAUGAGUUCUGGUUCUCCGAUGGGUCCUUGUCAGAUAAGUCCAAGUGUGCAGAUCCCGGCCUGAUGCCCCUCCCGGACACGGCCACGGGGUUAGAUUGGUCCCACCUCGUGGAUGCUGCCCGGGCGUUUGAAGACCAGAGAGUGGCGUCCUUCUGUACCCUGACAGAUAUGCACCCCGAGCAGGACCUGGAAGGGGCCCAGGAACUGCCUUUAUGUGUCGAUCCUGGCAGUGGCAAAGAUUUCAUGGACGCCACUGGAGGGCGGUCUCCAUCCACACUGACUGGGAAAGUCAACCAGCUGGAGCUGAUUCUUCGGCAGCUGCAGACCGACCUUCGGAAGGAGAAGCAGGACAAGGCCGUGCUGCAGGCCGAGGUGCAGCACCUGAGACAAGACAACCUGCGGCUGCAGGAGGAGUCGCAGACGGCCGCGGCCCAGCUGCGCAAGUUCACGGAGUGGUUCUUCAACACCGUCGACAAGAAGCCGUAACCUGAGCGCCGCCCAACCAGGGGCCCUGGGGAAGCCCGGGGUCCCUUCACAGUCGCCAACAUGUGGUUUCCCGCUGUGCUUCCAGCCCACCGUAGCCGUGCUUGCUGUCCCCACUCUGUCUAGCACCAUGCCCCCAGCAGCACGGGGAGCCGCCGUGUGACCGCGGAGAGCAACGCUCGUGAAGAUGAAUGUAACGCUGGUGUCGAGAUGAAUGUAAACUCUGGUGUCAGUGUGGCCCUCUGAGGCUCUGCUGAAACGGAGCUCUCUGCGUGGGCUUCCCUCCUGAGGGACGAGGGUUGGGUUUUAUGUCCUAUAUAUCAGGUGACUUGGUAGAGAUAGUAAAACAAUUGACCAUAGCUUGGGCUUUAGAAUUGUAAAAUAAACAUGAGAACAAAUAAUCAGACAUAUACUUUAAUGUUAAAGGUGCUCUAUUUUUUUGGAUGUACAGUAGUUUUUAUUUCUACAGCCACAUUAUCAUAGCAAUAAGAAAGAGGCAGGGGAAAUAGUUGGAAGAGCCGUGUCGGGAGGGGGACAGAAAAAGCACUGAUGUGUCUAACACGAGUUCAAAUGCAGUUCCUUUAGAGACUUAUUUAUUUGCAGGAGCAAACGGUGCCUGAAUAUUAACAGUGUUCUGAUUAAAAAAAAAAAAGAAAAGAUACAUAUGCCUUGUAAAUGGCUCACUGAGUAGUUACUUCAACUCUUAGUUCACUUUUGUAUAGUUAAUGCUCUGUUGAAAAAAAAAAAAAGAGUCAACCUGCUUACUUACGAGAGCUCCCCCGUGUGCCAUGAGCCAGCAGAAUCACUUGUACAAUGCCAAAUUUGUUUUAUCUUUGUACAGAAGCUUUGAUGAACUGUCUUGUAUUUAACACCCUUAUUUAAGCUUAUUUAACCUUAAAUUGUUAAUUUUAUAAACUUUGGUUUCACCUGCACUAUUUUGGAGGGCGGUGUAGGUAGCAGCGGGCUCAGAAAAGGCUGAGCUUGCCCAAGCAGGAGUGAGGAGCGGGGCAGGACCUUCCUUCUAACAACUGGAUGCUGCUAGUAACAAGUUGUUUGUAUUGCUUUACCAUUUUUAACUGUUCUAUUUGAGAUGAACGUACGUUUUGCUUUUUUAAUAAAUGUUUAAAAGAGUCCACACAA